GGUGCUGUUCCCGGUGUGGUUCCCGGUGCGGUUCCCGGUGCUGAAGGUGACUCCGGUGACACCUUCUGCGGGCUCCGAAAGGCGUUUCUGGUGCCGGAGCCGCUGCAGCCGCGGCCGAGGUCACUGGAGGCAAAGCUGCGUUGGCUGCCGGCGCCACGGGAGCUCCGGCCCACGGCGGAGGAAGCCGAGCGGAACGCGCAGGAGCUGGUGGCAGAGGAGGAGCGGGUGAAGAGGAAAGCAGAGAAGAAGAAGCUGAAGAAGAAGAAGCAGAAAGAGAGGAAGAAACAGGAGAAGCUGAGACAGGAGUCCCAGGCCAAGCAGAAGGCUGAGGCGACCCCCCCAUCCCCGAGCACCGCUGCGGGCACCGGACACCCCCAGGGUGGUGAUGCUGAGGAGGAAGAGGGACCUUGGCUCGAGCCCGGCCCCGGGGACAGCACAGCCGCGGCAGAGGAGGGGGCAGACCGGGAGGCCCGAGCGGAGGAGGCAGAGGAGGAGCUGGACCUGAGCUGCACCUUCGUGUUCAAAGCACGGCAGAAAGCAGGAGUGAGGCUCCCGGUGCCCGGGGGGGAGAAACCACCGGGGACGGGCACGGAGCGGGGACAGAGGGCACCGGGGAAGGCCCCCGCCCGCCUGGACCCCAUCUCGGUGCAGCAGAGCCUGCUGCUCGCAGGUCAGGGCAAUGCUGCGGCUCUGGGAGGCCGGUACCCUGAGGCUGUGCAGGCGUUCACGGCAGCGCUGCGGCUGAACCCCCGCGAGCACCGGCUCCUCGGGAAUCGAUCCUACUGCUAUGAGAAGCUGCAGCUCUAUGAGGAGGCUCUGGGGGAUGCAGAGCGGGCGCUGGGGCUGCAGCCGCGCUGGGCCAAGGGUCUCUUCCGCAAGGGCAAAGCCCUGCGGGGCCUCCAGCGCUAUGCUGAGGCUGCCCAGACCUUUGAGGAGCUGCUGCGGCUGCACCGAACCGGCACCGGCACCGACACUGAUGCAGCUGCGCAGCUGGAGGCCUGCCGGGCCCUGCUGCAGCAGAGCAGCCUUGGGGGGGUUCCCUCAUCUCCUCCCUCCCCUGUGUCCCCCAUGUCCCUGCUGGAGGCUGCGGAGCCGGCGCUGCCUCUCUGGUCUGAGAGCAGCCAGGACGAGGCCAUGGGUGUGAGUGGCUUCACCACCAUCGUGAGCUCCAGGAUCCAGGCCCAGUGCCAGCCCCCCAGGGGCUGCUUCCCCCUCUGGGUGGGCAACAUCACCCCCCGCAUCAGCAGGAGUGUUCUGCAGCGCUGCUUCGGACAGUUUGGGGAGAUCCAAUCCAUCCGGAUGCUGCCCGAGCGCCGCUGUGCCUUCCUCAACUACACCUGCAAGGAGGCGGCUGAAGCUGCUUUUGAGGCCAUGAGGGACUCCCCGUUGGAAGGCACCCUCCUGGCCCUGCAGCUCAAGCACCCAUCCCAUGCCACCCCCCGCCCGCGCUGGUACCCGCAGCCCUGCCCGGGGGAGCCCCGGUAACCGGAGCCCCCCCCGCGGCCGGUGCCUCCUGCCCGCACCCCGCCUGUGCCUUGUCCCCCCGCGGGCAGCGGGA